AUGGGAAACCCUUGCCUCGCCACCGAGUAUCAUACGUUACAGACCAGUCCAGUCAUCUCAGUCUCCUCCUGCCACCAGGCGGCGUACAGCCUCCAAAAUGAAAACCACAAUCCUGUAUCAAGCUAUUACAUUCCCCAUGGCAUGAGACCCAAUGGUGCCCCUGCUCUCGAAAGCCCUAGAAUCGAGAUCACUGCCUACAGCCAUUACCCAGAAGACGAGGUUGAGGAGAGCAACAGUGAAAACCACAUCAUCAAACGUGGCGUCAACUCCAUUGUAACACUCACACUGCCUAAUGCCGCUGAAGGAUACCGUGAUCCCACUUGUCUUAGUCCUGCCAGCAGCAUAUCCUCACGUAGCUGCAAUUCCGAAGCUUCAUCCUAUGAGUCGAGCUUCUACAACUACGAAAACUCCCCUCAAAAUUCACCGUGGCAAUCUCCAUGUGUCUCCCCACGAAACUCACUUCUGUCCUGCCCUCUUGCCACCGGCCCUGCAGCCUCUCCCCGCCACUCCCCCUCUGCGUCUCCUCAGAUUGGGGCGCUGGCUGAAGAAGGAUGGCCAGCACAGACGCGUGGAUCAAGGUCAAAUUCCCCAUCCAAUACUGGUGGGAUCACAAUCAACGGAAGUGGCACUGGUAAAAGAAAGUAUAGCCUAAACGGCAACACGUAUCGCCAGAAUUCACCAAAUCAGUCUCCCAUUCCGUCUCCUCACGGCUCCCCGAGGGUGAGUGUCACAGAUGAGAACUGGCUUGCCAAUACAAACCAGUACACCAACUCUGCCAUUGUGGCUGCCAUCAACGCCCUAACUACAGAUGGAGUAGUGGACAUGGGGGAGGGGAUUCCAAUCAAGACGCGCAAGACCAUGCUGGACCACCAAGCAUCCAUGGGCCUGAAGAUGGAGCCCAGUGCAGACAGCUUGAGUCCGGACGGAGACUUGUGUCACGAUGAUUACGCUUCUCGUCUGGCUAUGAAGAAGGAGAGCUACUGUGGAGGGUUCCUGGAUGUGCCCCAGAACCCGUACUCUUGGUCUAAACCCAAGCCUUAUCUCAGCCCGUCUCUGCCCUCGCUGGACUGGCAGCUUCCCUCCUGCUCGGGACCGUACAGUUUGCAGAUUGAGGUUCAACCCAAGUCCCAUCACAGAGCACAUUACGAGACCGAAGGCAGCCGCGGAGCAGUCAAGGCCUUAACAGGAGGGCACCCGAUUGUCCAGGAUGGUUGGAGUAAGUAUGCCACUGUCAUUCUGAGCUACCGCAAAAAGACACGAGAGAGAAGACCACCCCUCGCCGUGCCCCCGCAGAUCCAGCUUGGCUCUGAGCUCUACGGCUACAUGGAGAGCGAGCCCCUCACCUUGCAGCUGUUCAUCGGCACCGCAGACGACCGCCUCCUGCGCCCACACGCCUUCUACCAGGUCCACCGCAUCACCGGAAAAACCGUCUCCACCGCGAGCCACGAGGCCUUGCAAUCCAACACCAAAGUCCUGGAGAUCCCGCUGCUGCCCGAGAACAACAUGAGAGCCAUAAUUGACUGUGCCGGGAUCCUGAAACUGCGCAAUUCUGACAUCGAGCUUCGUAAAGGAGAGACGGACAUUGGGCGUAAAAACACACGAGUGAGACUGGUGUUCAGAGUGCACAUCAACCAGCCCAAUGGAAGAACCGUGUCCCUGCAGGCCUCCUCCAACCCCAUCGAGUGCUCUCAGCGCUCGGCCCAGGAGCUUCCUCUGGUCGAGAAGCAGAGCGUGGACAGUUAUCCAGCCACCGGGGGAAAGAUGAUGCUGGUCAGCGGACUCAACUUCCUCCCCGACUCCAAGGUGGUGUUUGUGGAGAAGGCUCAGGAUGGCCAUCAUCUCUGGGAGACAGAAGCCAAAGUGGACAAGGAUUCCGUCAAACAUAGCUCACUUGUUGUGGAGAUCCCACCUUACAGAAAUCAGAGAAUAUCCAGCUCAGUGCAAGUCAACUUCUACAUCUGCAAUGGAAAAAGGAAGCGAAGCCAAUACCAGCGCUUCACCUACCUGCCCCCAAAUGUUCCAGUCAUAAAGACAGAGCCUAACGAUGAGUACGACUCCAUGGGGAACAGCCAGCCCAUCCACUCUCAGUCGUACUACAGUCAGCCUCGCCUCGCUCCUGUCCUGCCCGUGCCUGAGUCCGAAGCCUGCCUGGUCAGUACCUACUCCUGCGCCCCACGCCACACCACCAUCACCCCAUCGCCCCCCAGCUCCAGCCCCACACUACAUGACCUCACGCCCUUGGCCUACAGCAAGUGCCUGUCCAAUAGUCCGACACACGGUCCACUGAUGUCUAGUAUCCACGAAAACCCCAUUCACCUAAACCAUCCUGCAUCACCGGACCAGAGCUCUGUAACUAUGCUCCAAUCUCAGGGCAGCCCCAACAAUCACCUCAACAGCCCACACAGCUACAGCCACAUCUACCCCAGCAGCAGCCCCUCGUCUUCCCCCACGUCCCUUCCAUCUACGCCAGGAGGUGCUGCAGAGAGUCCCUUUGGUUCCAGCCCGAAUGGAGAGAACUCGCCUACGCUCCUGCACGACGAUUCCAGUUCCUCGUCCAUACCGGUCACCGUAAAACAGGAGCCGAGAGAACUGGACCAGAUGUACCUCGAUGAUGUUAAUGAAAUCAUCAGAAACGACCUCUCCAGCAUUUCCGUGCACACUCAUGCAUAG